GGAAAACUUUUUAGAUAAAGUUCAUAAUUCUACAAGCGAUAUUCUUCAAACAUUCCUCAGAUUUUUGAAUACUAUUGCUUCAUUUCCAGAAGUUUCUGAAGAUGGAUUGUAUACUGAUCUGAAAAUGUUAAAGUUAUCAUUUCAAAGUCUGAACUCCUAAAAGUCGAAAUUAUUUGGCCCGUCCGGAGGUGGUAAAUUUUUUACUGGAGAUGGUUUCAGAAAAUCUACGGGCAGGCAACAUCUCUUAUGGAAUGUCGGCCGCUGCCCUCCUAAAAUUGACGGAGAAUUGCAGAGUUAGAAAAUUGCUAGAAAGAGCAGACUUGAGGAAUAUGAUAUGUUUCUUGUCAGAGGAAGAAUUUGCUUCACCACACAAUUCCAAUCUUUUGAUAAAACUCUUCUUAAAUCUGUUUAGAAUAUCUUCUGUGAAAGUAAAAUAUAGAGAAGAAUUGAAGAAAUUGAAAAUAAUUUAUCCAGAAGAAAAAAAUAUUUGUGAUUUGGAAUUUAAAGCCACAAUAUGCAACUUGAAGGAUUUUUUAAAUAAUAUUACAGAGGAAGAGUCAUUGUCCAGGAGAUGGGAAAAUGAUGAGAUUUCUGAGAAUUCUGUUCUUGAAAUUGAAGUGGAUAUUGACAAUGAUGAUCCAGUGGUUGCAAGUGUCAAUGGUGAAGAAUUUUUGGAAAAAUAUUAUAAUAUAGAUUUCAUGAAAGAAAGAGAGAUGCUUACUGAUAACUCCAAGAAUAUCAGUAAACAUUUGAACGUGAGACUAAAACAAACCGGACGUAGCAAAAGUGUACCACUUAUGGAAGAUCAAGGUGUGGAAAAGUCUCCAUCCUGCCAUUCGUUGUCAGGAUCAACAACACCAAAGUUAGAUCCAGAAGCCACUGAAAUGGUGAGGAAGAUAAUAGGAGAGCAUUCGAAAACGUUAGUAGAAGCCACUGCAGCUUCACAUUCAUCACCCGUCCAUAUAAAAGGCCUAAACUCAAAAGAGUACACUCUUGCCUUCAGUUCGCGUCCAAAGAUACCCAGAACGCCCGAACCGGGAGAACUAGUUGUAGUUACUACUCAAAAUUUUAAGAUAAGACGGGAUAGUAGUAGACACACUCCCGUCUCACCAAAAGUAGCUUCUAGCAGUCCUCCAAAUUCCACAUUACAGCACUUAGAAUAAAGUUUAUAGAAUACAAUAGAAGCUCCAUAUUUGCAAGUUACAUUCUGCAAACCACUGCAAAUAUAGAAAGGAGAAAUGUAUGGUUAGAAAAUAGAAGAAUACUUUAAUAGUCUACAAAGAAAUUUUAUUAAUUGUAUUUCUAAUCUCUCCCUCUUUCCUUAUAUGGUUGCUUCUACUUUAGUUGUACGUGAAUCUAACAUAACUAUUGAAUUUCCUCCUUGCAAACGAUCUAGCACUUUUUAUUUUGUCUUCGAGGUGCAUCACUUUCUUUAGCCAUUUUGUUUAGAUGACAAGCUAAAAUUCUCUUGUAAAAUAUAAUACAAUACUGAUAAUCACAGUACAUACAAAUAUAAAAUGGUGGUUGCACGUGAGAAACAGAGAACACUAGACCAUGCUAGUAGACACUGUCAACAACAUUAGAAUUUAAGACAAAUGAUUUAGAGUUUCUCUAUGCUUUGUUGCAAAUAUGGGUUUUCUACUGUGAUUUGCCACAAUGUAUAAUGUUUAGAUGAAUAAAAAAUCUUCAAAUAAAAUCGUCUUAAUAAAACACAGACAACACCAUGAUUACGUGAU